UCCCUUCACCUUCGCUCUCUCUCUCAAAUCUAAAUCACAAAUUUCCUCAUCUCUCUCUCUCUCUCUCUCAUCAUCAUCAUGUGUUUAUGUGAAAUGGCGGUAGAUUCAUCUCUAUCCUCUCCAUUAGGACCGGCAGCAUGCAAAAAAGACGCAAUCGCGCUUCGAUUGCUAGAAGAAAUGACAAGAAACGCCGACGCAUUUCAGGAGAAAGUAUUACAAGAGAUACUUACAAUCAACGCUCAAACCGAGUAUCUUCAGAGAUUCAAACUCAACGGUGAAACCGAUCGUAAAUCCUUCAAAUCUAAACUACCUGCCAUCACUUAUGAAGAUCUACAGCCGGAGAUUCAACGAAUCGCUAAUGGCGAUAGAUCUGCUAUCUUGUCUUCUCAUCCGAUCUCUGAAUUCUUAACUAGUUCUGGAACUUCUGCUGGAGAGAGGAAACUGAUGCCUACGAUUAAAGAAGAGUUAGAUCGUCGGCAGUUGUUGUAUAGUCUUCUGAUGCCUGUCAUGAAUCUAUACGUUCCUGGAUUGGACAAAGGCAAGGGACUAUAUUUCUUGUUUGUAAAGUCAGAGACCAAGACACCGGGUGGGCUUUUAGCCCGACCCGUCCUCACAAGCUAUUACAACAGCGAUCAUUUCAAGACCCGACCAUACGAUCCAUAUAACGUAUACACCAGCCCAAACGAAGCCAUCCUCUGCCCCGACUCCUUUCAAAGCAUGUACUCUCAAAUGCUCUGCGGUCUCAUCGACCGUAUCCAAGUCCUUCGGGUCGGAGCUGUAUUCGCUUCCGGCUUACUCCGUGCGAUCCGGUUCCUCCAGUUGAACUGGAUCCACCUGGCCGAAGACAUCCGAACCGGAACUCUAAACUCUAAAAUAACCGACCCGUCUCUACGUAAUCGGAUUGUAAACGGGUUACUAACACCCGACACGAACCUAGCCGAUUUUAUCGUGUCCGAAUGCUCGUCCGAUAAUUGGGAAGGAAUUAUCACGAGGAUUUGGCCGAACACGAAGUAUUUAGACGUGAUCGUAACCGGGGCGAUGGCUCAAUAUAUACCAACUUUGGAAUACUAUAGCGGAAGUUUGCCAAUGGCAUGCACAAUGUACGCUUCGUCCGAAUGCUAUUUCGGGCUUAACCUAAACCCGAUGUGUAACCCGUCCGAGGUUUCUUACACCAUAAUGCCCAACAUGGCUUACUUCGAAUUCCUCCCACUUGACUCGACUAAGUCAAAUCCGGUUGACUUAGUCAACGUCGAGGUUGGGAAAGAAUACGAGCUCUUGAUCACAACCUACGCAGGUUUAUACCGUUACCGAGUCGGUGACAUUCUCCGAGUCACCGGUUUCCACAACUCGGCCCCUCAAUUUCACUUCGUGAGAAGAAAAAACGUAUUACUAAGCAUAGACUCCGACAAGACAGACGAGGCUGAGCUUCAAAAGGCGGUUGGGAACGCGUCGGAGUUGCUUAAGGAGUUCAACACGAGCGUGGUGGAGUACACGAGUUACGCCGACACGAAAACAAUCCCGGGGCACUACGUCGUGUAUUGGGAAUUGUUAGCGAAGGAGUGUAACGAGAUGCCAAGUGACGAGUUGAUGAGAAAGUGCUGUUUGGAAAUGGAGGAAUCAUUGAACUCGGUUUAUCGACAAGGGAGGGUCGCGGACGGGUCGAUCGGGGCUUUGGAGAUUAGGGUGGUGAAAUGUGGGACGUUUGAGGAGUUGAUGGAUUACGCGAUAUCGAGAGGUGCGUCGAUAAAUCAAUAUAAGGUGCCGAGGUGCGUUAGUUUUACACCGAUAAUGGAAUUGUUGGAUUCUAGGGUUUUAUCGUGUCAUUUUAGCCCGACUGCGCCGCAUUGGACACCCGAGAUUAGAAAAUAGUUAAGGGAAGUGAAAUUUAAUUAUUAAUAUAUGAUUAGUAUUAAUUAAUUAAUAAUCGAGGUAAACUUCUAGUUGUUAGAUUGGGAGUUUGAUAGUUUAAUGAUUAUUAGAUUUGUAAUUAGUUAAUUAAUGAUUAGGUGUUUUUGUGUGUUUUCUUUAGUUGGGCUAGUUUGUAAAAGUAAGAUGUGACAUUAUUGAAUCA